AUGGAGUCUCUGCAAUUUGGAACAGACCCCUUUCUGUCCCGGCGAAAUCAGGAAGGAAAAGGAGACUCCCGACUCGGCUCAAACGCUCAUGGACACCAGCCAGCUAUGAAUGAACAGCUUCCUUCCGUCAGCGAGCUGUUGACCCCAUCCUCUCGUUCGAGCCAAUCGGCGUCACCCCAUCGCUCACGGCUGUUCAGCUUUUACCAUCCUACAGGCGAAAGCCCCAAGCCCGGUCUGAGUCCCCAUACGGCGAGCCACCAUGAUACUGGUCUUGUUCCACGAACACCUCAAGGAAGACCUGAGGCCCGCGCAGACCCCUUCUCGCGGCCGACGGCCGGAAAUUUGCCUUCUCUCUCACAGAUGUCUAUCUACACAGCCGGAAAUGAGGCUAGUAUGCAAGCUGGUAUUCGUACAGAUGUUCCACAUCAACAAGCGCACCACUCUCCCUUUACACCCCAGGGUCGUGCGAGCCAUGAUAAGGAAUUAAGGGAAGACAAUUCAUCACCUGUGACUCCCGAGAUUGGAAGCGGGGCAGCAAAUCAACAACAGACGGCCCAAGUCCGCCCUCACGUGGUCGACGAGCGGUAUAUAGAGGGUGAAGGCUGGUGUUACAUCUACGCUGACGGGUCCCAUUGUCCCAAGACCAUUGACGGUGUGCCUGUGAAUGCAAAUUGGGGCGUGACUAAGGCUGGAAAGCCGCGAAAGAGAUUGGCACAAGCCUGCCUUACCUGCCGGGAGAAGAAGAUCAAGUGCCAACCUAAUCUGCCAAAGUGCGACCAAUGUCAGAAGUCGGGAAGGGAGUGCCGGUUUGAGAGCGCACCACGAGGCCACCGCGCAGCAGCGAAAGCCAACACGCAUGGCAACAGAUACGACACGAGAGACUCCUCCUCCUCCUUCGUCGGCCAUCAUCCUUCUAGCUCUGCCAACUCGAUCUACUCCGCCGUAAGGGCUUCUGAAAGCUCUGCAUCCCUACCUGGCACCAAUUCACAGUCACCAAUGUCUGACGCCUCCAUGCUUACACCCCCUGCCAUCAACAGUGCCCACGAACCUAGUUUGGACUCGGAUUCACAUUACAGAUCGAGACGACAGAGCCUCGGCAGACCAUCUACUGGCGUUGAGGAUCUGAACCGACGGUCUGUGGAAGGCAACUCAGCCCGUGCUACGCCUGAUUACUCUGAGAUCUUGAUGGAAAUGAGAGAUCUGGACCCUCACGAUCCCCUUGCGCACGAGUGGAACACCGAUCCUUACGAAAACGAUGCAGAACUUACAACUCACUACGUCGAGAACUAUUUCACUUAUGUGAACGACAGCUUGUAUUAUAUCUUUCCCCGAAGGCGCUUUCUCUUGUGGUUAAGGUCGUGUCAUACGAAAUCGCUGGAGGACAAAAUGCUUCUUUAUUCAAUGAUGACAUUGGGAGCGAUUUUCUCGGACCGGCCUGACAGGCUUGCGGCCAUGAAAAGGGCCUCACGCACGGCCCGCUACGCCGUGGAACAUAGUCGUCAUAACCUCUCGUUGCAGCUCGCACAAUCUCGGAUUAUCAUGAGUCUUUGGUAUUACGCCAUCGGUGCUCUAGAGAAGUCCUGGGAUGCGGUUGGCGCGGCAGUUCGAACUGUAUGUGGAUUGCGGUAUAACGUUGAGUUGGGAGGGGUUAUUGUGGAUCGAGACCGGGUUUGCGAGUAUGGCUUGCAUCCCCAGGCCCUAAUAGAAUGCCGUCGUAGGACAUUUUGGGUCGCCUUCUUGAUGGAUCGCCUGUCAUGUUUUUAUUCUUCAACGUCAGCAUUCAUUCCCUCACAGACGGCUUAUCUUCGAAUGCCUUGUCGCGAAGAAGUCUUCGAGGCUCAGCAAUAUACGACUGUACCAUAUUUCCAAAGCUUCCUCAACCAGCCGCCCGCAUCAACCGAUGAUGAGCUUUCAGAAUUGAGUGCUAUGGCUCUCUUGAUAGAAAUGGUAUCUCUUUGGGGAGAAGUAACGGAUCACGUAUUCCGUUUAUCGCUGGUUCCGAUGGAGUCAUCCACUACACCUUUUGAGGAAUUCUAUACCACAAUCUGCCAGCGUGCAGACGCUUGGGUUGCCAGGCUGCCGGAACAUUUGCGAUUCAGCACCCUGAAUAUGGAGAGAAGCUUUCGGGCAAGGAAACCCGAUCCAUUUUUCUCGAUACAUCUGUUAUAUCAUGCAACAAUGAUGAAACUGAAUAGACAUGCGCGUGGCCAGGACUAUCGCGCGGAGUUUGUGAGCAGGCAGGUCCGCAUGGCCAGGACCCAUGCGGCAGAGACCCUGCGGAUUGCUUUCGCGUUAGCACAUUACACGGGUGAAUAUGACGCAUCGCGGAUCGCCGUUGACUCCGCACCCCCGCAAGCGACUAUUCUCAACCCGUUCUUAGGUUAUGUGAUCCUAUCCGCAGUCGAUAUCCUUAGUGCAGCUGGGCUGGUAGCUGAUAUGCCUGAGUGCGUCAAGCUCAUCAGAGGUGGCCUUGAGGCCGUCAAGGAGCUGGGUCGUUUCUGGGAGAGCUCGCUACCAUUAGUGUCUCUCAUCGAGGCUCGUCUGGAGCCAUUGAUGGAAAUCCUCCAUGACCCGACCAAGCUGGACCAGAAGAUGGUGUUUGCUGCGAGAGGUCAUUCCUUGGACAGCCGGAUCCAGAAGCAGCAGUCUCCAAUCACCGAUGAUCUAUUCUAUGGCGCUCUGCCCCAUGACAGACUAUUCAGUGCGUUGGGGCCGGAAGACACUUCAUUGACAGAAUCCAAUAUACUCUGGAUCAGAGAAACGGACUGA